UUUCCAGCAAGGAGUAAAUUAUUCACAUCCGCUCAUAGAUAUCAAAUUGGCCCUUUCCAGGUUGCCAGUAGGGUGGGACAGAAGGUGGCUUUGUUCAGAGACGGUAAAUAGGCAGAGCCACCGCCUUGUUCAAACAGAACGCAGGUGGGUACCUGUCUUUACUAAACCGUCCCAGAAAUGCUCAAAGGCACCUGGUGAAAUCUCUGCCCUUCCUCGCUUCUCCUUCCUCCCCACCCAGUCACCGGACUUAAGUGCGCUCACAGGACUGGGCAGGGCUCACUGCACUCGGCCAUGGCUUCUUACAUCGCCAAGUCUUUCUAUGAUCUCAGUGCCAUCAGCCUGGAUGGCGAGAAGAUAGACUUUAACACGUUCCGAGGCAGGGCAGUGCUGAUUGAGAAUGUCGCAUCACUCUGAGGAACAACCACCCGAGACUUCAACCAGCUCAACGAAUUGCAAUGUCGCUUUCCCAGGCGCCUGGUGGUUCUCGGCUUCCCUUGCAACCAAUUUGGACAUCAGGAGAACUGUCAGAACGAGGAGAUCCUGAACAGCCUCAAGUAUGUCCGCCCUGGGGGUGGGUACCAGCCCACCUUCAGUCUUACUCAGAAGUGUGACGUCAACGGGCAGAAUGAGCAUCCCGUCUUUGCCUACCUGAAAGACAAGCUACCCUACCCUUAUGAUGACCCGUUCUCCCUCAUGACCGAUCCCAAGCUCAUCAUGUGGAGUCCGGUGCGCCGCUCGGAUGUGGCCUGGAACUUUGAGAAGUUCCUCAUAGGGCCAGAAGGAGAGCCGUUCCGCCGCUACAGCCGCACCUUCCAAACCAUCCACAUUGAGCCUGACAUCAAACGUCUCCUCAAAGUGGCUAUCUAGACGUGAGCACUCGGCCUAGGUAUCUCCCACUGUUUCCAGUCCCCAGGUAUUCCUCAGGAGACACUGGGGGACUGAAGCGUCCCCUUCACGGAAGCACCUAGCCUCCUCUGACUGCCUGCUUCCUUUAGCUCCCUCAACACUCUUGAGUCCACUUGGGGCUCUAAGUCUGGGGUAGGCUAUGGGCCUUCACAGAAUGAUGGCACCUUCCUAAACCCUUAUGGGAGAUGUCUGAGAAGUUGUGAAUGCCCAGAGCCAGCCUGCUUUAGAGUCCAAUAAAGGGCAGGUAUGGAAAUGAG